UUCACAGGUCCAAGCCUGGCAUUCAGCACGGCGCCAGCACAGCUGUUUGUCAGGGCCGGUAAUAGCCAUGAACAGCAUUGGAGGACCAAACAUUUGCAUGGUUUAGAUGACGUGCCAUUGGUGGUUGUGCUCACGUGCUACUGUUUUCGUCUAAAGCCUUGUGCAGCGCUGUCUGCCGAUUGUCAUCCGCUGCCCACCGGGCGCAAACAAUCCGCACGCCGGCGAGUCAGCAGACGUCUGUGUGCAAAGCAUGGCGCUGUACCAACCUGUCCAGUCCUGGAUGAAGGCAUCUGAAGCUGUCAAAAUCAUUGGCACCGAACAAGGCGAUGGGUUCACGGUGUACCGGGUUCAAGUGACAAUCCCCCCUUACUGCUGGGUGGCCAAGCACCGGUACAGUGAUUUCAAGGAGCUCCAUAACAAGCUUCGGCGCAACUACCACGUGGAGCGGAGUCUUCUGCCGCCCGGCAAGGUCCUAGGGCGCCAGGCGGCCAGCUUUGUGCAGCAGCGUCAGGCCGAGCUCGAGCACUACCUCGUCACGCUGGUGCACCACUUUGCGGACGGCCUGCCACUGCCCCUGGCACGCUUCCUCCACUUUGACCAGUUUGAGGUGCGCACUGUUGUAGCCGACUUGGCUGAGCAGCUGUUUGAGACGGGCGAGCAGACCCUGGCUGGUGACUCCCGCUUCUGCACCACCCCACUGCAGCUGCACUGCCUCACCGAGAGGCUCAAGUUGGCUGAGCCCACCUGCAGUUCAGAGGACAAGCGGCGAGACCUGGCCCAUGUGCUGGACUUUGUGUCCCAGCUGCGGCACCUCGAUGUAGUGGCCGAGCCAGGCUGCCUGGGCGCCAGCAAUGUGUGCCCCAGCUGCCUGCCAUUCGACCUGUCCCCUUUUCGGAGCCUCCGUACACUCCGACUACAAGGUUGCGAGGUGCGUGGCCAGCUGUCGGGGCUGGAGGUGUUGCGGCCACAUUUGCGGGAGUUGGCUGUCGAAAGUGCACUAUCGCCUAUGGCGGACUUGUCGUGUAUGCUGGUCGCCGGAGACAUCUGGCAAGCAGCAGCAUGGCCCCAGGUACAGAGGGCGCGCUUCAACCGCAAUGGCCUCCACACGAUUGACCUCAGCGUGCGUCUGCUGACAUCAGUGGAGCAUCUCGAGCUGCUGGGCAACGAGCUGUCGAAGGUGGAGAACCUGGAGUGCCUGUCACACCUGUCGACACUCAACAUGGCUGAGAACAGCCUGCGGCAGUUGCCUCCGCUGCACACCCGCCUAGGAAAUGUGCGACAACUCAUCCUGGCGGGAAACCAGAUCGACUCUUUGGCUGGGCUGUCGCGGCUGUACUCCUUGGUGGAGCUGGACGUGUCGCACAAUGCCAUCGCACUCGUCUCCGAGGUGGGUCACGUGGGGGCGCUGCCGUGCCUGGAGAGCCUCGAUCUGCGUGCUAACCCUGUGAACCAGCUGAUCGACUAUCGAGCCCAUGCGCUACUCCUCUUUGGGAGUCGCGCAAAUGAGGUUGUACUUGACGGGCAGAAAGCAACGCAGAAGGAACUGGACACUGUCAACGUGUUGCGUGCCUUGCAAGUAGCCAAGGAUAGGCGACCCCCCACCAAUACAGCGGCCACGGGUUACCCCAGCACCAACCUGCAGCCCUGUGCCUCAGAAGGUGGUGCCCCCGAGCUGAGUGGGCCACUCGUGGACAAACGGCCAGACGCAGCAGCAGACGAAUUCCGACAGCAGGUGGCCACAAUGCGGACCCUUGGGGGCACUGACUGGCUACGACUGUUCAACCGCAUGAGCCAGCAGCAACAGAUGACACAGCAGCCGAACCCUGUACAGCCAGCACAGUCAUUGCCAGCAGCGCCGAGUGGCUCAGACUGCGAGAAGCCCAUUGGUGAACUCGCCCUUCCCGACUGGCUUCUACGGACUGGUCUUCAGCAGCCAAGCUUCCAGGACCAGUUACAGGCUCAGGCCAAGGGCCUUGCUCCAGAAUGGGUUGCCUGGUGCACACGGGUUGAGGCACCAACUGUGGCUACGACUGUGGUCUGCAUCGUGGCCAACUGCACCGGCUUGAAUCUGCUCGAGCUGGAGCAAGUGCAAGGCAGCAGUGGAGCAGUGGUGCCACAGUUUGGACAGUGCACAACCAUUGCACCCUCACGGAUCGAGCGUCUUCUUAGGGGCCCGCACCGGAGCUACAUCGAGCUGAGGACAGAGUUACAGUCUAGGGCUAGUGGUACGCUCCUGCUGCCUGCUACCGCCGAGGAGGCAGAUUAUCUGAUGCGCAAGUUUGCUGCCUCGUUUGGCCUGGAGUGCCGAGACAAGUUUGCGCCAGCGCACGUGGAGUGUGUGGCUGCAGGUGCAAUGUCUGCUGCCGAUGUUCGGUAUUGUGGACGCAUGCUCUCGAAUGAUGCUGAUGCAGGAAUGAUACAUUAUGUGCUUGUGGUGCGCAAAGAGAUAGUGGUAGUGGUCGAGGACACGUUCGGCGUAGUGCAGCCGUUUCGAGUGGAGCAAACGUGGAAUGUCGCUCUGCCUGUGGUGGACGUACAGCUUCCCGAGCAUUGGCCAGCUUCCGUGGCCUCCGUAGACGAGUUCAGAAAGUGUGGUUUUGGUGUGAGGAUCAGCUUUGAAGGAGGACAGCAGUUUGAAGCACGGUUCCAAGUGAGAGAUUCGCGCAGCCAGUUCCUUGAGGCUUUUCUGGCUGCCAGGAACUCUUGACAGCGAUGUACAAACACUUCAUGUCAUCGGACUUGCACCUCGCAGCUUCGACAUGCCAUAGCUUUUCUGUCACAAACAGUGCAGUUAGCCAGAACUAAAGUGCGUUCGAGUUUGUACCUUGUGCAUGCCUUGCGGAAAUGUGAUUAGAACUGGAAGGAUAUUACCAUUGAUUCCUACACUUGCUGUGUGCCUUUGACAAGCCAUCCAGCACAAUGUUGAUGUUUUCAUGGCAGGCUUCUGUGAUUGAGCAGUGGGAGCUUUUUUUUUCUUUUUUUUAUGUGUGUUUCAUGUGUGUUCACAUACUCGCAUUUAAAAAAAAAAUCUCAGCCAUCCUGUAGCAGUACCUGGAUGUGAUACCCCAUUGCCAUUCUGUGUAUCCGCGCUUUCGUAUUCAUGCAUGUGUCUGUCAUGAGAAGCUACAGAAGCAGUUAGCAGAUUCUUGAAGAGCAUGUUGUUGAGAGCUUAUGCAUAAGUUGAAGAAUUGCUGCAAGCAAUGGGCAUAGAACUUGUGCUAGAAUUUAGCCCCACAGUGCAUGUGGUGGAGGCCAAAGGCAAGCACAGUUGACUGAUGCUAGUCCUGUCAUUUUUAUCAGCAAUGAAGUUUGUGAUUGUUGGCUUUGCCUGGUGUCUAAGUAAAAGCACUGCUUAAGGGACGAAGUAAAGCAUUGGGCUAGUGCACAGAGUUAUCAUGUCUUUUGUCUGGUUCUCUGUGUUUGUUGGCAGUUGAAAGUCUAGCUUUGUCACCUAAUAUUGUCGGAAGGCAGCGGCAAAACUUAACCGUGGCAACUCAAGUUGUACCGCAUACAAAAUGAGCAUGUUGCAAAUUGUUAAGCAAUAUGUGCGUGAUAAGUUCAAAUAUGUGGUGUGUGAAGUGCAAGUCUGUAAUGACUGUGUUGCAAGAGCAUUUUUCCCCCAUAUUGUGUCCACCUGUUCCCCUUGGUUUUGCACUCUAGCUGUUGUGCCCUCACCCCUCAUCAAGUCCACAUCUUCAGUGGAACAUAACAGCAGAGACUGAGGAACAGCAGUGCACGUAGGCCCUAUGACUUGUCCAAGGUGCUUGCCGUGUCUGUCGUGGCUACACGGUAGUGCUGUUUGGGUGGCCAAGUUAUGAAGUGACCCGACUGAAGAUGUGCUUGUUUCAUACGAUGGAGAACAAAUGAAAUUGCAUGGGAACUCUGAAUUACAUUGACAAACUUGGCCGUGUGUCUGUGCUAUAAAGCAGGAUUUUCAGCACCUGUGUGAAAGUUAAAUGUAUGUGCAGGCUGGGAUCCCUCUCCUUUUCUUGGUGACCUGAGCACAAGGGUUUGCCUUGCCCACUGGCUGUAACAUUUUGUGUGUGUGUCGUGUUUAGGUCAACAAGACCUUGUAUUGCAGGUGACAAGGGUAGAGUUCAACAGAGCCGCUUGCUACCUGCACUACUAGUGGCACAAAAUUUUGGACAGGAUUAUAUCCAUUUAUUCUGUUGGCUCAAAAAUAGAGGUGUUGGAAUGCCAAAAUUUUUAAUUGAAUACGAAUAUUCGGGAAAAAAAGCUUUGAAUAUCACAUCGGAAUACCGAUCAUUUCCACUUUCUAAAGAAAGUAGAAUAUUAAGAUGACAUGGAGUCCCUUUCACUUAUUUGCCAGAAUUGUAAGAAUAAUAAAUAUUUUCCAAUGGUC